CGGCCGGCGCUGCGGACGCCUCUCAAAGGACCUCUUCUAUGGAGAACCUUGGCAACCCUUGCCACUCCGGAGUUCUUUGACCUUGGGCAAGAGACCGCAACCUUGAUCUCCCCGGCGAAAUGGAGAUCCUAAUAUUAGCUUGGCUGCCUUCCUCUACCUGGCUCCCCUUUUCUAACUUCUCAACCAUAGUUUAAAAUGAAGCUGUUUGACCUUGCUCAGACUUGUACCUGGAAGAUGGAAAGUAUCUGGCACCAAUUCGGGCUGAGUCAUUUGUGAUCCAUGGCUCUUGUGAUAUGCCGAAGAUUUCCAGGCAUUUUCUGUGGAACAUCUCCCCAUCCGGCUCUAAUCAAGCACCAUAUAACAAGAAAUUGCCUGGUCAAACCUGUGAGGACUGUGCUCUGACUGCCAAAAAGAUCAGUACUGACAUCAGAAUGGCAGCUACUCUCAAGUUGUUAAAAUCUUUAAAAUAUCAAGCAUUUUGCAAUCCUUUUGCCUACAGUGCCACCCAAAGUGUGGCAUAUUGGAAUAUGGGAAGCAGUAUAUGGCACAGGGGACAGGCCCCUUCUGAUUAUAGUAGUUCCUGCCAUCCUGCCAGAAAAGUUAAGAACAUUGGUAGCGCCACCUCUUUUCAGAGGGUCUUCACAAUCAGCAGUGCCCCUCUGGGUCUGGAGUUCAGCAAGGCGUCUACCUCUAAAAGCAGCAAGUUGCAGCUGGAUUCACCCAGGACUGUGAGAAUUGAUGAAGAGGAUGUAGAAGUUUUUGAUUCCUUUGAAGGCACCCGAGUUUUCCUACAGCUAAGACCAGAGUACCAGCUUCACAGCUAUUACAGAUCUGAGACUUGUCAGCCCCUGUCUGUUUCAGAAGGUGAACUAAUUUUGCACAAAGUCAUAGUUUAUCAAAGUAACCUUCAGCCUAAAAUCAUUGCUGAUUAUUUCUGUAAACUGAGCUCUUUGCCUGCAGAACAGCAUCCUGUUUUGUUGUCCAGUACCAGCUUUGCUCUGCUCUGCCAACUGAGUGUGAAAAAUAUACAAGUCUUUGAUAUCCCAGAUAUAAUCAGUAUUUUGAAAGCCUUUGUCAGUUUAGGAAUUCCUCACUCCCAUUCAUUGCUAGAUGUGUACGAAACCAAGUUUUGCCAUCAGGUGUGGGAGAUGAGUCUGGAUCAGCUUCUCUUGGUGGCUGAUCUCUGGCGAUGCUUAGGUCGCAGGGUACCUCGGUUUCUAAAAAUUUUUUUUAGUUACCUUAAUUUGCACUGGAAAGAUCUAUCCUUGUCCCAGCUGAUUCACUUAAUUUAUAUUAUAGGUGAAAGUCGUCAGGUACCUCAGGACCUAAUGCAAAAACUAGAAUCAUUGAUCCUUAAGUAUAUAGAUUCAAUCAACUUAGAGGAGGUUGGUACAAUCUGUUUGGGGUUCUUUAAGUCAAGUAGUAGUCUCUCUGAAUUUGUAAUGCGGAAACUUGGAGACUUGGCUUGUGCUGACAUGCAGCAUCUGAGUAGUCAUGCCUUAGUGCAUAUUCUUAAAAUGUUCCGAUUCACUCAUGUGGAUCACGUAAAUUUUAUGAAACACUUUGGAGAGAUUGCUCCUCAGCGAAUUCCUUCCCUGGGGGUUCAGGGUGUCAUGCACCUGACUCUUGCCUGCUCAGCUUUACACAUUCUGGAUGAACGAGUAAUGAAUGCAGUGGCUGCUUCUUUGCCUCCUAGGGUAGUGCACUGUCGCAGUAAAGAUGUUGCCAAAAUUCUGUGGUCAUUUGGAACUCUGAAUUAUAAGCCACCCAAUACAGAAGAAUUUUACUCCAGCCUAAUAAAUGAAAUUCACAGAAAGAUGCCUGAAUUCAACCAAUACCCAGAACACCUGCUCACCUGCCUCCUGGGCCUGGCAUUUUCUGAGUACUUUCCAAUAGAGCUUAUUGAUUUUGCUUUGAGUCCAGGGUUUGUCAAGCUAGCUCAGGAGAGAAGUAAGUUUGAACUUACUAAGGAACUGUACACUCUUGAUGGUACAGUUGGUGUUGAGUGUCCAGAUUAUACAGGUAGUCGUCUUAGUUCUUACCUUCAGCAAGAGGCUUCUGCAAAGCUUUGGAAUUUAGCAAGGAAGGAUAUGAACUCAAAGCCUGAAUUCCUAGAAGCUCUCUUUUUACUUGAGAACAUGUUGGGUGGCCCCCAGUACAUCAAGCACCAUAUGAUUUUACCUCAUACCCGGUCUUCUGAUUUAGAGGUCCAGCUUGACGUUAACAUGAAGCCAUUACCGUUUAAUAGAGAAGCCAUACCAACUGAAGAUGUAGCCAAAUUAAAGCUCAAGCACAUAGGAGUCAGCCUUACAGAUGAUUUGAUGAAUCAGUUGCUGAAGGGGAAAGCAAGAGGGCAUUUCCAGAGGAAAAUUGAGUCAGAGACUUUGCAGCAGCCCAUGAAGUCAGAGAAAGAGUCCUUGGGGGACUCCCUUUGCAAUGUGACAGGUAGAUUGGAAACUGUGGAGAUGGCUGGCCUGUGUCCUUCAGCCAACGUUCAGGCCCCACCAGUGAAACUGGCUCUUCAGUUGACCAACAAGAACCAAUAUUGCUAUGGUUCCAGGAAUCUGCUUGGACUGCACAAUAUGAAGAGGCGGCAGCUGGUUCAGCUUGGGUACCAUGUGGUAGAAUUAUCCUACUGGGAAUGGCUCCCGCUACUGAAACGAACUCGCUUAGAGAAGCUGGCUUUCCUCCAUGAGAAAGUAUUCUCUUCUGUUCUCUAAAGGACUUUCAUGGGUAUUUCUACUCCAAACUGUAGGUAUACAGGUUGAGCAUCCCUAAUUUGAAAAUCCAAAAUGCUCUAAAAUCUGAAACUUUGAGUACUACCAUGACGUUCGCAGAGUUUUGGAUUUCAGACUUUUGGAUUAAGGAUAUUCAAAUGGUAGUAUAUGCAAAUAUUCCUUAAUCUGAAACAACUCAGUGCCUUUCUGGUCCCAAGCCUUUUUUUCUUUUCUUUUUUUUUUUUUGGUACUAGGAACUGAACCAGAGGCGCUUAACCACUAAGCCACAUCCCCAGCCCUCUUUUACUUUUAUUUUUUUAUUUUUAUUUUGAG